AUGCCCGGCUCUCUUUCGCUUUUCUCCGUCAAUGCCGUCCUUCUCAUGUCGGCCGACGAUGGCUCUCGCAUCUUCGCCAAGUACUACUCCCCUCCUCACCCCCCGGCCGGUGCUGCCCCCAACUCGACCGAUUACCCCGGAGCGAACCCCUACCCUACCGUGAAAGAGCAGAAGGCAUUCGAACAAGGCCUCCUCGAGAAGACCAACAAGCAGACCAGCGAUGUGAUUCUCUACGACAACCGGAUAGUCGUCUUCAAGAUGGAGAGCGAUGUGAUGCUCUAUGUGGUGGGAAGUGCCGACGAGAACGAAGUGCUGUUGUACAACGUGGUUCUGUCGCUAAGAGAUGCUCUGGGAAUUCUGUUCAAGGGCGCAACCGACAAGCGCACAAUCGUCGAGAACUACGACCUGGUCGCCCUGGCCAUCGAUGAGAUUAUCGACGAUGGAAUCAUUCUGGAAACCGACCCUGUGCUGAUCGCCUCCCGCGUCAGCCGCGCUCCUGCUCCGGAUGCACCGAACUUGAAGAGCAUCGACCUGUCCGAACAAGGUCUGAUGAAUGCCUGGGAGCUUGGAAAGCGGCGUCUGGCGGAGGGGUUGCGGCAGAUGUAA